UCCGGGAAGCCGCUGCGCUCAAAGCCGCGGCCCUGAGGCCUCUGCUCGCCGCUUCGAGGCCGAGGAACUUGAAAUGCAGCGGAUCCAACAGUGAGUCAUCCUACUUGACAAGGUUAGGGCAGAGUGACAUAGAAAUAGGAGCCUCACUGGUGUGACAGUCAGGAGACUCUUUUUCCCCAGAAGCCUGCGAUGUAACCUGGCUUUUCAGUCUCACCAUCUAUCUGCUGUCAGUGCUUGUUUAAAAAUGGGUCGGCGCUCCUCGGACACAGAAGAAGAGAACAGAAGCAGAAGGAAAAAGAAACACCGCAGGCGUUCAUCUUCAAGUAGCUCCUCAGACAGCAGAACAUACAGCCGCAAAAAAUCUGGGAGGAAAUCAAGGUCAAGGUCACGGUCUCGAGAUCUCCAAUCACGUUCACAUUCAUAUGAGAAAAGACGCAGGCACAGAUCGAGCAGUAGUUCCUCAUAUGGCUCUAGAAGAAAACGCAGUCGCAGCCGGUCAAGGGGCAGAGGAAAAUCCUACAGGUCUCAGAGGUCAAGAUCAAAAAGUAGAACGAGAAGAUCGCGCUCAAGACCUCGUCAACGUUCUUAUAGUCGAAGUAGUGAAAGAUCCAGUCAUAGGAGGACUCAUAGUGGGUCACGCGAAAGAGAGCGGCGUAAAGGCAGAGAGAAAGAAAAAGUAAAAGAGAAAGGCAAAGGCAAAGAGAAGGAGAUGUGUGGCGCGAAGCUUGGGGAUGCUGGAAACAUCAAAGCUGGAUUAGAACAUCUGACUCCUGCCGAGCAGGCCAAGGCUAGAUUGCAGCUGGUUCUGGAGGCAGCAGCUAAAGCAGAUGAAGCAUUAAAAGCUAAGGAGAGGAGUGAAGAAGAGGCAAAGAAAAGGAAGGAAGAAGACCAAGCCACCCUGGUAGAACAAGUGAAACGAGUGAAAGAAAUUGAAGCUAUUGAAAGUGACUCCUUUGUUCCACAGACAUUCAGAUCAAGUAAAGAAGUCAAAAAGUCAAUAGAGCCUCCCGAACUCAAAUGCGAACCUGUAACUGUAGGAGGGGGAUCUGUCGAAGCAUCUGCCCCUGAAAAAGAAACAGCACCUGCCAAUAUUCCUACUGCCAUCAAAUACCAGGAUGAUAAUUCUUUAGCACAUCCAAAUCUGUUCAUUGAGAAGGCAGAAGCAGAAGAGAAGUGGUUCCAGAGGCUGAUGGCGCUUCGGCAGGAAAGGCUGAUGGGCAGCCCUGUGGCCUGAGCAAACCACUAUGACCGUUGCGGACGAGUUCCCCGUGAGCGCUACGGAAUCGUGCCGUUAAAUUGUUUUAUUUUUCUCUUUUGAGGGGAUUUUCAUAGUCAGUAGGAGUUGUACAGAGAAUAAAUAUUUCAUCUGAAUACACAA